AUGUAUUUAGAAUAUUUGUUAAACUUAACAAAAAAUAGUAUUCCAGUCGUUUUUAACACAAAAUAUAAGAGUAUCAGUUAAUAUUUACAUACAAAAAUAUUUAUUUACUAGAUAUAGUUGAUGGAGAGGUUUGAAGAAAUAUUUCAACUGUUCUUUAAUAGAAAAUAAGAAUUCUCUAUGCUUAUUUUUGUAAACAUUAAAAACUAUCUAAGAGAUUCUUCCCUUCAUUUCUACAGUUCUGAACUUAUUUAACAAGAUUAAAAUACACUAAUUAUGUUAAUAAUACACAUUAAAAUGUUCACAUCAAACAGCAAACAGCAAAAUUAAAAUGUAUAAUUUAAAGAAAUAUAGUCAAAUGGUAUAAUGGGUCAUAUAAAGGCUAUGGCAAUUUACUGA